AUGCUAGCAGAAUUUGUGAAGCAUUUGCUGUGGCUGGAGUUGCUGAAUCAGUACUGUAGCCAGCAAUGGGAGGCAGCCCAGCCUUAGAAAGGGGAGGGGGGCGGAGCUGGCAGUGCAAAUAGCUGUCUACCAACUUCUGAUCUGCCUGUGUCGUUGGGGAAGCAGAAGCUCACAGAACACAAGGGAUUUCUGCCUAGACUUCAUUCCCUGCAGCUGCUGCACAAUUUUGUUUUUGGCCCAUUUUUUUUCUGCCUUCCUGACUUGAAGCUUGUUUUUAACCUGCCAGUGAAGUUUAAGGCAUUUCAUUUGUAUUGCAUGAUCCGUGUAAAGGGGUGGGUGAUGUCAUUUAGCAGGGGUGUGUGAGUGCAUCAGCACCCCGGUCACAUGUUGGUUGGGUCAGUGAUGCAGACUGAGAUGCAUGGCAGCUACAUCAGUCACAGAUUUGCAGGACUCUGACACGGCCGUCGGAAGCAGGAUGCUUUUCCCCAACUCUGCGCAGGAAUCUCCUCGGGUCCUCCCAGAUGUCAAUGACCUGAAUUUAGGCCUGCAGUCCCUGAGCCUGACAGGGUGGGACCGGCCAUGGAGCAGCCAGGAUUUGGACAGUUCAGUUCAGACCAGCACCCCAUCUAUGUUGAGUAUGCUUAGCAGCCCUCUUGGCAACAAACAGGGCAAACCCAUGGGCUUCCCAUCCCUGGAUCCCAUUGGCUCUGACUUCCUGGACAAGUUUCCUGGUUUGGCCCCCCGGAACACCCGCCUGGAAUCCCGCUCCCUGCUCGACUCGCGAUCCAGCAGCCCUGUUGACUCUGAAACCAGUGGCUUCAGCUCCAGCUCUGACCACCUCCAUGACUUGCUUUCUACACUUCGGAUCUCCCCUCCCCUGCCAUUCCUAAUGAGCAACUUGCAAAGGGAUGCUCUGAAGAUGGGGUUGGGAUCUCGCCUGGACCAGGACAACCCCUCCCUGGGAACCAUCUCGUCCCCGAGCAGCCUCUCCAAGAGAUGGCCUGGGACCUCCGUAUGGCCAAACUGGGACCUCCUGGAGUCUCAGGAUGAUCCGUUCAGCAUUGAGAGGGAGGCCAGACUGCACAGGCAGGCUGCAGCUGUGAAUGAAGCCACCUUCACUUGGAGUGGACAGCUGCCUCCCAGGAGCUAUAAGAAUCCACUUUAUUCCUGCAAGGUGUUCCUUGGUGGAGUGCCUUGGGAUAUUACUGAGGCUGGACUGAUCAACACAUUCCGUGUGUUUGGUCCCCUGAGUGUAGAGUGGCCUGGUAAGGAUGGCAAGCACCCUCGCUGCCCUCCCAAAGGGUAUGUGUACCUAGUGUUUGAGUUGGAGAAGUCUGUGCGAGCUCUGCUCCAGGCUUGCACCCAGGACUUGCUGAACCCUGAUGACUUGAGCGAGUACUACUUCAAGAUGUCCAGCCGCAGGAUGCGUUGCAAGGAUGUACAGGUGAUUCCCUGGGUGAUAUCAGACAGUAACUUUGUGCGCUGCCCUUCCCAGCGCCUGGAUCCCAGCAAGACUGUGUUCGUAGGCGCUCUGCACGGGAUGCUCAAUGCUGAGGCUCUGGCCAGCAUCAUGAAUGACCUUUUUGGAGGAGUGAUGUAUGCUGGCAUUGAUACAGACAAGCACAAAUAUCCAAUUGGUUCUGGACGUGUCACUUUCAACAACCAGCGCAGCUACCUGAAGGCAGUCAGUGCAGCAUUUGUGGAAAUCAAAACUCCAAAGUUUACUAAAAAGGUUCAAAUUGAUCCGUAUCUUGAAGAUUCAAUGUGCCAAGUCUGCAAUCGCCAGCCUGGACCUUUCUUCUGCCGAGAUCAGGCAUGCUUCAAGUACUACUGUCGUUCUUGCUGGCACUGGCAGCACUCUAUGGAUAUCCUCAGAAACCAUCGCCCACUGAUGCGCAAUCAGAAGAGUCGUGAUUCCAGUUAAAUGGCAGAGCAAGUGACCUGCAGCCGCUCUGCAUAACCUGCUGAGAAGAGCCUUUGCUGGUUCUCGAUUUUUGGGGAACAGCACUUCAAUGAUGACUUAGAAAUAAGAAAUCGUUAAGAGUUCACUAUUGCACUUGCUAUUUGUUUUGCUGUUCUUGUUCACAAUAGCACUAUGCACACGUGUUGGGUGACAGGCCCACCAUUAUGCAGUUCCCAGACUCAUCACUGUUUGGAGAGAGAAAUAAGGCCAGGGUUUAGAAGGUGUUGAUGCAAAUGCCUUCUCCUUGAUUAUUUAAGGAGCUUUAAUUUUCUUUUUACAUACCUUGCAUAUAGAAGUAUUGCAAGUUUCAUUGCCUUUCAUGUUGGCAGUUGCCAUAGUGCCUUUAUAUUGAUUUCCCUGUCUGAGCUGCAUGCUGUCUUUCUAUGCAGUCAGCUGGUGGCUUUUUUUUUUUUUACUUCGGAAGAUGAGUUGGGCUUCAUUUAACCAGUCGCAUUUCAGAAUUUUUUACGCAGUGUUUUUUACAAAUUCUUUUUACACAAUGGUUUUAAGUCGUGACAACAUGGGGGAAUUAAAGUAAAUCUGCCUGGCGGCUUUUAACUUUUUUGUCUGGGGACUGUUGGUAGAAUUUUUUUUUUUUUUUUGCAAACAAAAUGGGGGGGAGAAUUGGAUUUACGGAUUUGAAACUGGACCGGAUAACUAACUUUUGAGAUGUGUAUAUAGUUUUAAACAGUUCACAUUUUUUAAUUUUCACUUCAGAAAGAGGGUAGAUGGUGGUUUUUAAUCACUUCUUUAAUGGAGCAGAGGCAGUGUUAAGGGAGGGAGACCUUCCUUUUUUUUUUUUUUUUUUUUGUUUUGUUUUGAGAUGUUGAUCUGUAGAGAAUUCUGCAGCUUUCCAACACUCUGCUAGGACCGAGAACUGACCUAACGCAUCCUUUUGUUUUGAUCUGAAAAUGUGUGCCAAAGAACCAGUGUCCUUUUAUUUUCAAUUUUAUUUAUUUUGUUUCUGCUGAGCUUGUUGCUGUGUUGCCUAGCCCAGCUGCUUUUUAGAGUGUUCUAAGGGUCUCUACCUCAUUGUGGUCUGCAGCUAUCACUGCAGUUACCUACAGAUGUGGAGUAAGGUGUUCUUCUGAUGGGCACAAAUAAAGGUGUUGAAGCAU